AUGGAGAAAGACACCUUCAGCUAUCAGACGUCUUCUGGAGUUGACCAUGAGGAAACUGAUGGCAACCGUAUGUGUGGAUUGAGUAGCAGACAAAGAAGCAAGAUCGGUGGGACAAAGCUCUCGGCAGCAGAACGUGAAACAAUGGAGGAGUCUCUUCACGCAAACUCUUUUAAUCAAGAAAUACGGAAGCUGUAUGUAGACAAACCCCCUCAAUUGCAGGAAGCAGAAAAAGAAUCCAGAAGAGAUUCCAGUGGGAAGAAACUGGGCAGUGACCAUUUUCUUCACUUCGCUUCUGAGAUAGAGCACAUCGAGGAACAGAUGGCAAGGGACAAUGUCCGCUUUAUCAGGUUUGAAACCACAGAUAUCCACGGUGUGUCAAGAUCCAAGAGCAUCCCCUCUCGGUUUUUCCGGACCAAAGCAAUCUAUGGGGUUGCCAUGCCAAAAGGCUACCUUGAGCUGACCUUGAUUCCAAGGGACCAUGAGACAUGCCACGUUUCUGCAAGCAGUUUUAACUGUGACAUCAUCCUGAGGCCCGAUUUAUCAACAUUCCGGAUCUUGCCAUGGAUGGAACAAACAGCAAGAGUGAUCUGUGAUCCCUUUAUGGUGAUGGGCACCCCUCUCUUGACAUCACCCCGGCAAAUUGCAAAGCAGCAGUUGAAUCAGCUCCGGGAAAAUGGCUUUGCGCUGUAUUCUGCUUUCACUUACGAAUUCUGCAUCUAUGGCAUCGCUGAAAUUGUCAAUUCAAAGACAAUCUCUUUUCCCGCUGCCACUCUACUCAGCAAUCAUGACCAGUCCUUCAUCCAGGAACUCAUGGAUGGCAUGUAUCACGCUGGGGCAAACAUUGAAAGCUUCUCGUCCUCGGCUGGUCCUGGCCAGAUGGAGAUCUCUUUUCACCCAGAGUUUGGCCUGGGUGCAGCGGACAGUGCCUUCACUUUCCGGACAGGCAUUAAAGAAGUAGCCAAAAAGUACAACUAUAUUGCCAGUUUUUUCACCGAGAAUGGAUUCUAUAAUUCUGGCAUUCUGACCCAUAGCCUUUGGGACAGCAGCAGACAGCAUAAUUUGUUUGCUGCUGGAGCCCCAGACCUAACUGAGAUAGGGAAGAAUUGGCUGGCUGGGUUACUGACACAUUCUGCAGCUCUUAGCUGCCUGAUGGCCCCCACCGUCACCUGCCGCAAAUGGUAUAGCGGGUGUAGCAAAGGCUCCAAAGAGGCUGUGGUUGCCAAGGGAGCGUGGAAUGACAACAGCUGUGCAUUUAACAUCCAAAAUCAUGGUGACAAGGGGACCUGGAUAGAAAAUCAACUGGGCUCGGCCACAGCCAACCCUUAUUUGGUACUCUCGGCUACGAUCGCAGCAGGUCUGGACGGGGUAAAGAGAAAGCUCACGUUCCAGGAGGCCUCAGGGAAGAUCCAGAGCUCCACUCUGACGAAAGCAGGCAUGAUUCCUCUGAAGCUGGAAGAUGCUCUUGUGGCUCUCCAAGAAGAUGAGUGCAUCAGGGACGCACUGGGGGAUUAUUUUGUCCAGUACUUUGUCAACUUAAAGCAAUAUGAGGUGGAAACUGAGGAACUGGAUGUGGAAAGGAAUAAAUUUUUGGAAUAUUUUAUCUAG